CUUCCAUCACCCUUUGUCCCGUCAGUCUGUGUCCACUCUUGCCCGCUUCUGCUCUUCGCUCUGCGCGCUCCUCGCUGCCAAGCGUGUCGACGCCGCCAGCGCAGCGCCGCAGCACGCCGCACAGCCACCCUCUCGACGCCGCGCGCCGCCGGCUGAUCCUCUCGAGAUGGAGCAGGAGGUGCCGCGCUCCCGUCUCUCGCCCAAGGUGCGCCGCAUGAACGUGGACAGCGACGUGAGUGCAUCUGCGUCGCACGCCGCUGCCUCGACCCAGGUCGAAGCGCCAGUGGAGCGCUCGACAACGGCCGAAGCCGCGCCGGUGCCGGUGCCGCCUGCGAGUGCUGCAGUCCCUGAGACCGCCACUGAGGGUGACGACACGGCUAUGAAGCCUGUCGCCGAGCCGAGCCCGGACGAGAAGGCACACGCGACGCCCGUCGAGGCGACGCCGCAUGCUUCGAGCAUCGAGCUCUCGGACGCAAUCACUCCGAACAGUGCUCCGGUGACCCGUGCACAGGCCGCGGCCGCGAGCGCCCGUGCCAACGUCCCGGCUGCUACGUCUCACACGGCGCCAGCGCGCGAUGCUCAAUCGAGCAGCGCGACGAACGUGGUACAGCAUGCUGCGGCUGCGUCACCGGCAGUGUCGUCGACGCAAGCACGCACUCAAGCGCCUCAAGCUGCAUCGCGCCGCGCCGAGCCAGCGGCGGAGACGUCGCAGAUGCUGGCAUGGAACAAGUACUUCUACGAGCUGGCGGAGAAGGGCCACUGGCGCGAGAUCCGUAAGGCGGCGCAGAAGCUCAACGCACUCCCGGAUUGGCGCCAUCUGGUGUACGCGGAGCCCGACUUCGACGUCGUCGUGUACUCGUGGCACGCGCUUGCCGCUGUAGCUGUGGACGACCCCGCAGCUCCGCUCCUCGUUCAUGGCAGAGCGGAGCAUCCGCUGGUCGAUGCCCUGGGACGUGUCCUUCUGCUGCAGCGCGAGCAGCCGCGCCGCAAGGACUGGGACAACGCCAUGUACUCGGCGCUCUACGACGCGGACCAGCUGCUCUUCACCUUCACGACGCCGACAAACCUCGCCGUCGUCGGACCGCAGCUACAGGGUGUCUGCAGCGCCUUGCUGAACAUUCUCCGCUUCGCUCACCACCAGGUGCGCCUGCGCUGCCUGGAGGCUCUCGCAGAGGUGUACGCAAGCCUCUCGGUCGCCGAGCUCACGGAGCAUAUGCAUUUGAGCAGCCGCGAUGCGUCUUAUGUCGCCGUGCGCUGCGGCUGGACGCUCGUGCAACCGUCCGCUCCGGGCGGCAAGGAGCGUCUGCUGCGUCCAGAGCAUGGGCUCCGCUCGUCGUCGAAGCCGUGCUCGCUGUCGCACAUUCUCUUCCUCACGGACCAGGUGUACACGCUCGAGCACUCGGCCCAGCGCCUCGCCAGCGGGCUCGAGCUGCCAUGCAUCGUCCGUCUCUUUCCCAAUUCUUCGUCACGUAGUUCCGCGCAAGUCAUUCGCUCAUCGUCUAGCGGCCCAAAGGUGUGGGAAGUGGUGCAUGAGACAUGCCGCAGGGCCACGCUUGGGCGCGUUUAGCGUGGACGUCCCUCGUGUCGCGCGCGCCAGGCCUGCAGCGGCUGCACCCUGCCACCCAGACCCAGCAAGCUGCGCUGCCACUUGCGAGAGCGCUGCCGAAGCGUGCCCGAUAUUGCUCGUCCUGCUGCGAUGGCUCG